UCCUUAUUUAUUUCCAUACUCAAUAGUAUUAUUGUAAAUUCAUUGAUACAAAUAUGACGUCAAAUCCAGUCUCGACAUAAGAGGUUUAGACAUAUCACCCUUGAGCCCUUUUGUGACCUGACCUGGAAGCUCCCUGCAUCCCACACAUUCCUCGACUUUUUGCAUAUUAAUCAGCCAUUCCCUAGUAUAAAACACCACAGACCCUUGUAAUAAACACAUUUUAACUUCAUCCGUUAUCGCAACAGCCAGCCAUGAAGGUCCAAUUGUUUUCUUUACUGAUCAUCGCCGCCAUUUUGUCAGUGGAGUCAUCCAACCCACAAUUCUAUUGUGGAAGACGUCUAGCUUCAGCUUUAGCUUAUUUAUGUCCAUACGAAGAGGAUGCUCUUUCCAAAAGGUCUGUGGAUAGAAUACAGGAUUUGGAAGGCAGUUGGUCCUGGUUUUACCCAAAAUCAAGGGCGUUGGGGGCGAUGAGAGCGAAGCGGCAGGGGGUGGCCAGUGAAUGCUGCGACAAGCCUUGUGACCUCUCAGAACUACUCAGCUACUGCUAGAAGACUGAUUUGCUGCGUACCAUCGACUUUUUGUUCAUUGUUUAUUUGACUGAUUAAUAAACUAGUGUACCAAGAAUAAAAAUUUUAAUUUUGGAACUAUAUUUAUAAUCUCCUAAUGUAUGUAUAUUUAAUAAAGUUAUUUUUAACAUACUUAAUACUAAUACAGUGAUGAUGUUCUUAUAAUAUUGGCAUUUGUAAUUUAUUUAAAGCAACCUUCAGCUAUCUAACAAAAUAGAAAUAGUAGUGAUGUUAAACAGUACCAUUUUAUAUAA